CGACACCAACCUCUGUCAGAAGGCGCAUCAGCACCAGCUCGACGGAACGACGGCGCCGAGAGCUCUUUGCACGGCAACACGGAGCGAGGCGGCUGUACGAGGUACUUGAGGCUGUGUCGGCGCCAAGCUCGAGGCGUGCCUUGCCGCGCCGCAGAGCGAGGUCCGCGUACAGCCGGCAGCCGCCCCGCACUGCGCCUGCUGCUCUCUGCUCCACUCGCACCGCACGCUGCUCUCGCAUAAGAGAUCGGCGUCCAAGCCAGCGCCCGUCUCCGCCCAGCUCCACCAUCUCGAACGCCGCACACGCCGCAGUCUCGCACCACACUCCCGCCUCUCCGCCGCGCCUCUUCUCCUCCACGCCCUCCAGCGCGGCCUCUCCGCACGCCGGCGCUCCUGCCGCCUGCGCCCACCGCCGCCAUGUCGCGCCCGCCAGUCCUGCCGCCGCUGCCGAUGGGCUUCGGCGACAACGCCGGGCCCUUUCCGCCCGUCGCACGGCGAGCCAGUGGAGCACCGCCGCUGCCGCCGCACCCGCCAGGCGCCCUGCAGCGCGAGCAGCAGCUGCGGGCCUCGCGUGUGCCGUCGGGCAUGCCGAUGCCGCCCUCGCAGCAGCAGCAGUACCCGCAGCCCAUGAUGGCGCCGCAGCCGGCACGCGCCUCCUUCGUGCCCGGCCAGUUCGUGCACCCGCCGCCGCCGAUGCCUGGCGCCCGCAUGCCCAGCCCAGCGCCGCCAGGCCACUUUCCCAUGCCCGGCGGGCCUCAGCACUACGGCGGCCUGCAGCAGCAGCAGAUGCCCAACCGGCCCUCGUCGGCAGCGCCGCCGCCAGGCCCCAACUACGCCGCACCGCCGCAGAGCAAUCGACCAUACUCCAUGCCGCACUCGGAGAGCAUGCCAAUGCCGAUGCCGCAGCACGCGCAGCACGCACACGCACAAGGAGGCAUGCCCAACUUCAGCGGCCUCAGCCUCUCGCCGGGCCGUGGAGCGGGCCAUGGCGACCGACGCGCCUCAGCAAGCGAGAGCUCGGCGCGCAACAGGGCGCCUUCGCCAGCGCCGGCUCCUAGUGCAGCUCCGGCGCUCAAUGUGCCGCUGUCCGACCCAACGUCGCUGGCAGCGAGCAGAGAGAAGGCCCUCGCCAGUGGCGAUGACCGGCGCCGCCUGGCCUGGGCCAAGGACGUGGUGCGCUUCGUCGAGCGCAAGGAGAACAAGCACGUCGAUGCCAGUGUUGCGCGCUGGCUGGAUGAGGCGGUUGCGCUGAUCGUGCGUCGGGCUUCGGCAUCGCCUCCCGACGUCGAGGCGCUAUACCUGCGCGGCGACCUGCAAGCGAGUGGCGCUCUGCCGUCGCACUUCCGCAAGAACCUCAAGGCGGCCUUCUCCGACUUUGAGCUCUCGGCGCGCAUGGGCUUCGCUGCCAGCUGGUUCCGCAUCGGGCGCGACUACGAGGUGCUCGGCGACACGGCGCGUGCCAUUGAUGCGUACGAGCGCGGCGUCAAUGCCAGAGACGUGGGCUCUGUGUACCGCCUUGGCAUGGCCAACUUGCUCGGACAGCUCGGCAUGCGGGCGGACCACGGGCGCGCAGUGGCUCUGCUGCGCCAGGCGGCCGACGCUGCCGACCUCGACACGCCGCAGCCAGCCUACAUCUACGGCAUGCUGCUCGCCGGCGAGUUCUCGCACGUCGAGGUGCCGGGCCAUCUCUUGAUUGCCUCGCCUGAUCCGGAGAACCCGCGCGCACCCGUCUCGCUCGAGUCCGAGGCACGGCGGCGCAUCGAGCGUUCCGCGUUUCUCAACUUCGCGCCGGCGCAGUACAAAUGCGGCUGGGCGUACGAGUAUGCGCAGCUCGAGUGUCCCUUCGACCCGCUCCUCUCCGUGCAGUACUAUAGCCUGGCCAGCCAGGGCGGCGAGAUUGAGGCGGACAUGGCACUCAGCAAAUGGUUCCUGUGCGGCGCCGAGGGCUGCUUUGACAAGAACGAGGAGCUCGCGUUCACCUUCGCCGAGAAGGCCGCGCGCAAGGGUCUCGCCAGCGCCGAGUUCGCCCUCGCCUACUACUACGAGGUCGGCGUCGGCUGCGACAAGGAGCUCGAGCUCUCGCGCAAGUGGUACAGAAAGGCUGCUGCCCACGGCAACCCUGAUGCACAGGAGCGUCUCGACGCACUGCACGGACCAGCGCCAGCUGCGCUCUCGCGGCGCGAACACGAGGCACAGCUGGACGUCAAGCUCGUGCGCAAGCGCACCGAGGCCAAGCAGCUGUCGGACCGCGCCGGACGCGGGCAGAAGCCGCGCGCAGGCCUGCAAGACAUGGGCGGCCGGAACGAUCUCUCGCGCAAGAAGACGAUGCGCCUCGUCGAAGAGACGGCUGGCGGACCGCGCAGAGAGGCCGGCCGGCGCAGCGAGGCAGCGCGUGCGCCCUCGCCGGCGCCGCCGGGACAGCGGCAGGGCUAUGCUCUGCAAGAGACGUACGCCACGCCGCCCCACUCGGGUGCCAGGCGCGCCAGCCUCAACCCGCCGCCGGCGCCGGCGCAAGGACGACCCGCACCGUCGGGCGCACCCACGCCUGCGCCGGCAGCAGCACCGCCGAGCGGCGCGGCGUCUACUGCGUCGGGCGGCUCGGGCUCGUCGGCGGCGGCGAAAGGCCCGCCUGCGAAGGUGUACGAGAGCUUCCAAGAGAUGGGCUUUGCGCAGAAGAAGGCCGAGAACGAGAAAGACUGCGUCAUCUGCUAGAUCCCAUCCGCAAGCAAGGGCCCAGCACGCCCGUCUGCCGCGUCCUCGAUACCUCGACUCUGUCUCCCAGACACUCCCGCUCCGUUUCCCCACGCCUCGCAUACCCCACGCUGCGCCAGGCCUCCCUGGCCGCGUCCCGCUUCCCAGCUCCGCGCGACCCCUCCUUCCCGUUCGGCAGUGGUGCAUCGCGCUAUAGUCAUACAUCACACGGACGCUCGCUCUGAUCGCCGAAUGACGAGGCUGUCAUUUGCUGCU